AUGGCUCCAGGCGGUGGUGGAAAUAUCAAGGUGGUGGUGAGAGUACGGCCUUUCAACAGCAGAGAAACCGACAGAGGCGCAAAAUGUAUUGUGCAAAUGAAAGGUUCUCAGACCGUCCUCAUACCACCACCAGGUGCCGAAGAAAAAACACGAAAGGGAGGCGCGAAAGGUGUAGAGGGACCGAAAACGUUCGCCUUCGACAGAUCAUAUUGGUCCUUCGACAAGAAGGCCCCGAACUUCGCCAGUCAGGACAACCUAUUCGAUGAUCUUGGUACGCCGCUCUUGGACAAUGCCUUUGGGGGUUACAACAACUGUAUCUUCGCAUACGGUCAAACGGGUUCCGGAAAAUCGUACUCCAUGAUGGGAUAUGGGAAGGAAUACGGUGUUAUCCCCAGGAUUUGCCAGGCCAUGUUUGAGCGCAUCAAUACCAUCCAACAGGACAAGAAUCUUGGUUGCACAGUCGAGGUGUCCUAUCUCGAAAUUUACAACGAAAGGGUCCGCGAUCUGCUCAACCCGUCGAACAAAGGGAAUCUCAAGGUCCGUGAGCAUCCGUCGACAGGUCCUUAUGUCGAAGAUCUCGCCAAGCUUGUUGUGCGCUCUUUCGACGAGAUUGAGAAUCUGAUGGACGAAGGUAACAAGGCAAGAACGGUUGCUGCGACCAACAUGAACGAAACAUCCAGUCGAUCACACGCCGUCUUUACACUGACACUCACCCAAAAACGCCAUGACUCGGAAACAUCAAUGGAUACAGAGAAAGUGUCAAGAAUUAGUUUGGUCGAUUUGGCAGGAUCUGAAAGAGCAACAUCUACCGGAGCCACCGGUGCUCGUUUGAAGGAGGGUGCAGAGAUUAACCGCUCUCUUUCAACACUUGGUCGUGUAAUUGCCGCGCUUGCAGAUGUGGCUGCCGGCAAGAAGAAAAAUGCAUCAAUGGUUCCGUAUCGUGAUUCCGUAUUAACAUGGCUUCUCAAGGACUCACUAGGAGGUAACUCUAUGACCGCGAUGAUUGCAGCCAUCUCACCUGCAGAUAUCAACUUUGAGGAAACCCUUGGUACUCUACGGUACGCCGACUCGGCCAAACGAAUCAAGAACCAUGCCGUCGUGAACGAGGAUCCGAACGCGCGAAUGAUAAGAGAGUUGAAGGAGGAGCUGGCUCAGCUAAGAUCCAAGCUUGUAGGGGGUGCGGGAGGAGCAGGGGCGGCAGCAGGUGGUGCAGCGGUAGCAACAGGGGGAGUACCCCCGGAGGAAUAUUACCCGCCAGAUACUCCGUUGGAAAAACAAUUAGUCUCCAUUCAUCAGUCAGAUGGUUCCGUCACCAAAGUCAGCAAAGCCGAGAUUGUGGAGCAGCUCAACCAAAGCGAGAAGCUUUACAAGGAUCUUAACCAGACAUGGGAAGAGAAGUUGCAGACAACGGAGCGUAUCCACAAGGAACGUGAGACUGCCUUGGAAGAACUGGGAAUCAGCAUUGAGAAAGGCUUCAUUGGCCUGAGCACACCCAAGAAGAUGCCACAUUUGGUCAAUCUAAGUGACGAUCCACUGCUGGCGGAGUGUUUGGUCUACAACAUCAAACCGGGAACAACAACGGUUGGGAAUAUGGACCAAGAUAGUGGCGUUGAGAUCAGGCUCAAUGGCUCCAAAAUCCUUCCCAACCAUUGUAAGUUUGAGAAUGUGGACAACGUCGUUACAGUUGUACCGAACGAAGGUGCCGCGGUUAUGGUGAACGGACUCCGAGUGGAUAAACCCACAAGACUCAAAAGUGGUUUCCGUGUUAUCAUGGGCGACUUUCACAUUUUCCGUUUUAACCAUCCCCAAGAAGCCCGCGCCGAACGGGUAGAACAGAGUCUACUACGCCACUCUGUUACUACUAGCCAACUUGGCUCUCCGGCCCCGAACAAAACGCAUGAUCGAAACCUGAGCAAAACUGGCUCGGACCUAGAUGGGGAGUCAAACAGGGGCGAUUCUCCGAUGCCCUCCCGUGGUCGUGAGUCAGAUUGGUUUCAAGCUCGCAGAGAAGCCGUCAGUGCUGUACUGGGUACUGAUCACAUCUCGCAUAUGCCUGAUGAUGAAUUGGAUGCUCUCUUCGAAGACGUGCAAAAAGUACGAGCGACCCGUCGUGGGCUGAUGGAGCACGAGGAGGAUUCAGAUUCGCUCAGUUCGUUCCCAGUUCGUGAUAAAUACAUGUCCAAUGGAACUAUCGACAACUUCUCGCUAGACACUGCUAUUACUAUGCCUGGAACCCCUCGGCAACAAGAUGACGAUGAUAGCACGCAUGGUCCUACCACCCUGCAGUCUGUUCGCCAGGACAUGCAGCGUCAACUAGACAGACAAAAAGAAGAGUACCAGGACAAACUGCGUACUGCGGAAGCCUCUUCUAACCAGGAUGGCGACGAAAUACGGUCCGAAAAGGUUCGAAUGGAAGAAGCGCUUCGAACGGCUAAAGAGGAGUAUGAACAGCAGUUAAAAAAGCAGAAGGAAGCCUUUGAAACUCAGAUGAAGGACUUGGGCCAACCAAUCCCAAAAAUCUUCGAGAAUGGCUUUGCAAAAUUGGACCCUAGGGAGCUCGAGAUUGCAACUUCGGUUUACCGCCAUUGGUCACAGCAAAACUACGUUCGCAUGGCGGAAAAAGUCCUGCAGCAUGCUUCCUUGCUGAAGGAGGCCCAGGUGAUGAGCCAAAUCAUGGACAAAAAUGCCGUAUUCCAAUUUGCAGUCAUUGACCAUGGUCAUAACAUGGCGUCAUCCUAUGACCUCGUGCUCAAUGGCAUUUCCGGAGACGAAGAUAUUAUACUAGACGAGACAAAGAAGCCUUGUAUUGCUGUACGAGUCAUUGAUUUCAAACAAUGUGUCAUCCACCUUUGGUCUAUUGAGAAACUACAACGCCGCCUGCAGGCCAUGCGCCAGUUGCACCAGUACAUCGAUCGCCCAGAUUAUAUUCAGCACUUCAAACUUGAGAAUCCCUUUUCUGAGCCCUGUUCGCCACAAUAUUCCCUUGUGGGUGACGCUGAUAUCCCGCUUACUGCUGUGUUUGAAACUCGUGUCCAAGAUUUCUCGGUUGAAGUCACCUCUCCAUAUACACAAAGCGUUAUUGGUAUAAUCAGACUCUCUUUAGAGCCAUCGUCAGCCCAGGCACCUUCAUCAACUCUCAAGUUCAAUGUGGUCAUGCGAGACAUGGUUGGUUUCGCCGAGUGGGAAGGAACGGAAGUUCAUGCGCAGUUAUUCGUGCCCGGUAUUUCCGAGGAAGGGGGUGCCACUACAACGCAGAUGAUCAGUGGAUUCGACGAGAGUCCUGUCCGGUUCGAAAGUGUUCACAGCAUGAGUCUACCUUUGUCCAGCCCACGCACCGCAGCGCUGAAAAUUUGCGUUUAUGCUCAUGUGACACAAAUGCAUCUUGACAAGCUCUUGAGUUGGGAUGAUAUGCGUGACUCAGCGGAGCCUGCACCCCAGAAACGAAAAGCUCCUCGUAUCGCAGAGUCGGAAUUCUACUCUGAAGAGAGACACGACGUUUUUGCGAGAAUCCAAAUACUCGAAUUGGCCGAAUCGGGUGAAUACCUCCCCGUCGAAGUAGUGCAGAAUGACAGCCUCGACGCAGGCACGUACCAGCUUCACCAAGGUCUACAACGCCGUAUUUUGAUCAACCUCACUUAUAGCUCAACCGAAAGCCUUCCGUGGGAUGACCUUAAUGGGAUCCGCGUGGGUUCUGUUCGAUUGCUUGACCCGUGGGGCAAGAUUCCGGACCAAGAUCUUCAAACCCCAGAUGUUCCUUUAAAAUUUGUUCAAGAACCUAUGGUAAAGGACAAUGCAGAUGGAACAUCUAAUGUCACAAUAGUGGGCCAGUGGGAUUCAAGCUUGCACGGCUCUCUCCUCCUUGAUCGUGUUACCGCAGACAAGUAUCGUGUGCAGGUAACAGUUAGGUGGAAUCUAGUCUCAGCCCGGCUGCAAGAUCCAGUCGUAUUUGAAGUGGACCCGACUAUCCAGAUCCAGGGACGGACAUAUGUGCGGCAGCAGUCAAUGUUCAAACAAUUAUUCAACUCAACUCGGAUCGUACACUCUACGGUUCGCAUGUUUUCGUUAGCCGUCCGUCCCGUUUCUGCCAAACGUGCGGCCGAUCUUUGGCGCAUGAACACCCAAAAUGACUACGUGAAGGGCGAGGAACUCUUGACUACCUGGUCUCCACGGAAGGUCUCAUUAGUCCGUGAUUACAUAGCAGCCCGCAAGCGCCGACAACGUAUUGCAGAAUUGAAUGCUGCCAAAGGAGCCCUCAGCGCGAGCAGCCUUAGGGCAUCACCGGUCCGGAGUGGUCGAACCACGCCUUUGCGUAACCAAGAGCGUAUGGAUCGGAGAGACAAGCUUCUCCGAAAAUAUCUCGACCUUUGGGCAACCAAGACAGAUCCUACGGAAGCUAUACUUGUGAGGAGUAAUACGGAUCCUCCCACAGAAGGAGCGCCAUCUGCUUUGCUUUCGCAACAGACAUCCUCAUCGGAUCUCAAUAGCCCUGCUUCUGAACAGCCACCGCUGAGGCCACGGUUCAUUGCAAAUAUCCAAACUCUUCCGAAGAACCCCGCCUCCCUGAAGUCUGGAUACUUGUUGACGCCCGAUGAUACCAACAGCCACUGGGUACGGCGCUUUGUCGAACUUCGUCGACCAUAUCUCCAUAUCCACUCCGUUCCGGAUGGGGAUGAGAUCAAUGCUAUCAACCUACGCAAUUCACGUGUGGAUCAUGCACCCGAUUUCGCACGAUUGCUCGAUGGUUCAGGGUCAGGAGGCGAUGGUACCCCUGUUAAAGGCCGGCCGAAUGUGUUUGCAGUGUACGGAACGCAGAACACGUUCCUCUUUGCAGCCCGAACAGAAGGCCAGAAGGUUGAAUGGAUCCUGAAGAUCGAUGAAAGUUACUUCAGUAGCAGUCCUGGCGGAUCGGCUACCUCCAUUUCGAAUCAUGCACUUAAUGUCUCGACACCCUGA